UACUCCUGGAGUCGGGAAGAGACCCUUCUCCUCAUUUCCUUGUACGAAGAAAAGAAAGAGAUGUUCCAAAAUGUUAACUACAAGAAGAAACAAGUCUGGGAAGUGAUUGCGGCGAUAAUGCAAGCGGAGAGUGUCGAGAGUGGUCGAAAUAUUUCGCCGCGGGCUGACCAGUGCGAAGGCAAAUGGAAAGCUCUCACCCUUGGCUUUCGCAAAUGCGAAGAUCAUAACAGUCAAACUGGCAACGAAAGAAGAGAAUGUCCAUUUUACAAGGAGCUAUCGGAAGUGUAUGGCUACCGGCCUAAUGUUAGGCCAUAUACCACGGCAAGCAGCUCAGGGCAAGGCGACUCCUUAAGGCACAGGUAACCCAGGUUCUGUGAUAGUACCACAGUACAGUUCCAUUAAAAUUACAGUGUUUGUAUGGGGUAAAAAUAUCAUCCUAAAAUUUCUAGGAAAUACUAAAUAAAGAUCAAUGAAACUUACUCUGCAGUUAAUUGUUGUUGUCCUUAUUGGUCCAACGAAGUUUCGUGAUAAUUUGCGGUAAUUUCUUCAAAUUCACUCUAUCUACAAUAGUAAUAUACAAGGUAGGAAACACGAGGUGCCAUUUUCGCCGACAUCCUCUCAUUCAACACAAAUUUUUCCAAGAAAAUCGAACUCCAACGGAAAAUAAACAUGCCAGAAUCGUAGAAAUAGGAUAGCAGCAGAUAUAGAAACCAAUGAAGCUUUCCCAGAUAGAGAAACGAAUCCCACAGACUUUGACAAACUUGAAGAAUAUAAUCCAAACACACCGAGAAUACGCUCGCCGAAGCGGCCGGGCCAGAUCAACGCGCGGCCAAGAAAAUGAGGCCUGGGCACUGUACAAAAAAAUUCCAUCCCGGGAGUCCUGGGAUGACCUUUCUAGGGACCGGUACAUCAUUUGCCCAAGGCCACCCUACCCUGCUGGGAAGUACUUGAUAGAAGGCAAUUGUUCUUCCUAGCCAAUCACCAUUUGGCAGAGCAAACCCCGCACACGCGCCUGAAUUUAAAUGGCUAAAAAAAAGUAAUAUAAUCAGGAGAGUCUGCGGAGUUACAAGGCGUCCCAUUUCUUUUACUAAGGAAUGCAAAUAACAGUAAUGAAACUAAUGAAAUAACAACGCGAAAUGCUUACAAGGCGGGCUAAAAACAAGGUUGAACAAAAGGUAGAUGAUGACUGAGAUACUGUUGCUGUGAACUCUCGAGCGAAACUAUCGUAAAUAAACGGUGAAGCUUACAAACUAAUGUCAAAAAUUAUACAGAAAAUUGCGACAGAAUAUGAAUUGCGAUAACUGAGACGAAUGUGAAAGGCACGUGCACUAGUAAACAAAGAACUAGCGCGAUUAACAUAUUUAGCGAUUAAUGCGGCAGUAACACGCCGACUUCUUGUCAAUACAAGUGAACGCUCUAUCGGUUAAAUAUGUGAAUCAUCGUGAUACACCUCUCUUGAAUUUGGUCCUGUUGUACAAAUGCCUCGGUAAGAGCCAAAAUUCACUUAUAUCUUUUGCUCGUUUUAAGUUUUGUAAAUCGUCCUUCGUUUUUCUUUCCUUUGCCCUUAUAACCUUGCCCUAUUGAUGUUUGAUAAACUUUCUGAGGACCAGCGCCAGGAGCUGAAUAUAGUUCGAGAGAAAAAUAAUCUCUUUACAACAGGCCAUAGUGAUUGGCUCGGAAGAACAAUUGCCUUCUAUCAAGUAUUUUUCCAGCAGGGGAGGGUGGCCUUGGGCAAAUGAUGUAUCGGUCCCUAGAAAGGUCACCCCAGGACUCCCGGGAUGGAAUUUUUUUGUACAGUGCCCAGGCCUCAUUUUCUUGGCCGCGCGUUGAUCUGGCCCGGCUGCUUCGGCGAGCGUAUUCUCGGUGUGUUUGGAUUAUAUUCUUCGAGUUUGUCAAAGUCUGUGGGAUUCGUUUCUCUAUCUGGGAAAGCUUCAUUGGUUUCUAUAUCUGCUGCUAUCCUAUUUCUACGAUCCUGGCAUGUUUAUUUUCCGUUGGAGUUCGAUUUUCUUGGAAAAAUUUGUGUUGAAUGAGAGCAUGUCGGCGAAAAUGGCACCACGUGUUUCCUACCUUGUAUAUUAUUAUUGUAGAUAGAGUGAAUUUGAACAAAUUGCUGCAAAUUAUCACGAAACUUCGUUGGACCAAUAAGGACAACAACAAUUAACUGCAGAGUAAGUUUCAUUGAUCUUUAUUUAGUAUUUCCUAGAAAUUUUAGGAUGAUAUUUUUACCCCAUACAAACACUGUAAUUUUACUGGAACCGUACUGUGGUACUAUCACAGAGCCUGGGUUACCUGUGCUUAAGGUGUCCUGAGAGCGAUUCCGCGAAGUCAGAGAAGUCAAGCGACGAUGAUGUCAAGGAAAGAACACCUGAAACAAGCACACCUACGAAGAAACGUAAGACAGUGGCAAGCAGCUCUACGACGCCCAAGAAACCACGGUUGGGCUCUGGUGGACGAAACGAAUGUCUUGCAUGGUUUAAGGACUAUGCAGAGCAGAAACGUGUCGAGCAGGAGGCUCAGCGAGAAAAGGCUGAAAAACACCACAGAGAUAAAAUGGAGCUGCUCUCUGGCAUCUUGGGUGUCCUAAAGGAUUUAAACAAAUGA